GGUGACAAGAGCCUGCCCUACAGGCUCCAGCAGAAGGCCCCCAACGAAAUUGGGAAGCCUGGGCCUGGGCUGACAUCCCAGGGUUGUGGAGUAGGAUGGGGGAUGGGCCUGUGACAGGAAGUGCCCUGGGUGUCCUCUUUCGGCCCCAUGGAGUCCUCACCCAUCCCCCAGUCAUCAGGAAAUUCGUCCACUUUGGGAAGGUCCCUUCAAACCCCAGGUCCCUCUACUGCCAGCGGGGUCCCAGAGUUGGGGCUGCGGGACGUGGCUUCAGAAUCAGUGGCCCUCUUCUUCAUGCUCCUGUUGGACCUCACGGCUGUGGCUGGCAACGCUGCUGUGAUGGCUGUUAUCGCCAAGACGCCUGCCCUCCGCAAGUUCGUUUUUGUCUUCCAUCUCUGUCUGGUGGACCUGCUGGCCGCCCUCACCCUCAUGCCGCUGGCCAUGCUCUCCAGCUCCGCCCUCUUUGACCAUGCCCUUUUUGGGGAGGUGGCCUGCCGCCUCUACCUGUUCCUGAGCAUUUGCUUUGUCAGCCUGGCCAUCCUUUCCGUGUCCGCCAUUAACGUGGAGCGCUACUAUUACGUGGUCCACCCCAUGCGCUACGAGGUGCGCAUGACACUGGGCCUGGUGGCCUCCGUGCUGGUGGGCGUGUGGGUCAAGGCCUUGGCCAUGGCUUCCGUGCCAGUGUUGGGAAGGGUCGCCUGGGAGGAAGGAGCUCCCAGUGUUAACCCAGGCUGUUCUCUCCAAUGGAGCCACAGUGCCUACUGCCAGCUUUUUGUGGUAGUCUUUGCUGUCCUUUACUUCUUGCUCCCCUUGAUCCUGAUCUUUGUGGUCUACUGCAGCAUGUUCCGAGUGGCUCGCGUGGCUGCCAUGCAACACGGGCCGCUGCCCACGUGGAUGGAGACGCCCCGGCAACGCUCCGAGUCUCUCAGUAGCCGCUCUACUAUGGUCACCAGCUCCGGGGCUCACCAGACCACUCCACACCGGACGUUUGGGGGUGGGAAGGCAGCAGUGGUUCUCCUGGCUGUUGGGGGACAGUUCUUGCUCUGUUGGUUGCCCUACUUCUCUUUCCAUCUCUACGUUGCCCUGAGCGCUCAGCCCAUUUCCACAGGACAGGUGGAGAACGUGGUGACCUGGAUCGGCUACUUUUGCUUUACCUCCAACCCUUUUUUCUACGGAUGUCUCAACCGUCAGAUCCGGGGCGAGCUUAGCAAACAGUUUGUCUGCUUCUUUAAGGCAGCUCCGGAGGAGGAGUUAAGGUUGCCUAGUCGGGAGGGCUCCAUUGAAGAGAAUUUCCUGCAGUUCCUCCAGGGGACCUCUGAGAACUGGGUUUCCCGGCCCCUACCCAGUCCUAAGCAGGAGCCACCACCUGCUGUUGACUUUCGAAUCCCAGGCCAGAUUGCUGAGGAGACCUCGGAGUUCCUGGAACAGCAACUCACAAGCGACAUCAUCAUGUCGGACAGCUACCUCCGUCCUGCCCCCUCACCAAGGCUGGAGUCAUGAUGGAC